GGGCAAGGCGACAGGAAGGGAAAGGCAAAGAGAACGAAUCCAAUUUCAUUGAUAUCGGAAAACAAACAGCGAGCGAGGGAGGAAGGAAAGAAGGAAGAAGAUGACGGUGAAGAUCGUAGACGCAAGCUUGUCGAGCUUCGAUCAAGUAUUCAGCAAGUUCAAAGCAGAUGCCCCCAAUUUCAACUCCAAUUUCAUCCUCUUCCUUGCCGACAAUGAACCUUCCACCAACCUCAGCUGGUGCCCCGACUGCGUGAGGGCUGAGCCGGUGAUAUACAAGAAGCUUGAAGAAUCGGAAGCUAAUGUCGCUCUCCUUCGAGCUUAUGUUGGUGACAGACCCACUUGGAGGAACCCCGCCCAUCCUUGGAGAACUGAUUCCAACUUCAAGCUCACUGGAGUCCCAACCCUUGUUCGCUGGGAGAAGGACGCCAUUACGGGGCGGGUUGAGGAUCAUGAAGCUCACCUGCCCACCAAAAUUGAUGCCCUUCUCGCUUCUGCCAAGUAGAAUAAAACCCGCAUUGUUAAUCAGCUUUGUAACUGGCAUCAGGUGUUUGUUUAGCUGCUACUGCCACUGCUGCUGCUUUACUUUUCUUGCUUAAUAACGGGGUUUGGGCUCACACUCCUAAUAAUGAAGUUGCUUGCUGCUAGUUGUUAUGAUUAAACAAGCAAGCAAGCUACACAUGCAAGUUUUUUCUUGUUUCACAAUUCACUCACUGUUUUGGGUGCCCUGUAACUUGCGGGGAAGCCAAAGUUGAAGGU